UCAAGGAGCAUCGAGCUUAGUUUGGCCAGACCAAUUUAAUCGAGAACAGGAAUAAUGUUUGUAAAAUUUCUUCUUUUUGUUGGGCUUGCUUCUCCCGUCUUGUGUGAAAAUACAGCAGUUUUAAUCUUAGCCCGUGGAGGUUCAAAAGGUAUUCGGUUGAAGAAUAUACAAAAUAUUGGCGGCAUAAGUUUGCUCGGUCGAACUAUACUUACUGCAAAGUUGGCUGGUUUACAAGAUAUCACUGUAUCCACAGAUCAUCCUUUGAUAGCAUUGGAAGGUUUUAAGUAUAAUGUAAGCGUUUUGAAGAGAAGCUAUGUCACAUCAACAGAUUGGGCGCCAUCGAUUUGGGGCGUAUCGGAAUUUAUGGAAAAAGUUACAAACUUCGCUGGAGCUAUGAAGCCUCUAAAACUCGACCAAUAAAUUUUGACUACAAAAAUCGACCUCGAAGACAGGAUUGGAACGGUGAAUUUAUAGAAACAGGCGCUUUUUAUAUUACUAGACGAGAAAUUAUAACGUAUGGGUAUCUGCAAAAUAAUAAUUGUACCGUAUGGGAAAUAUCGCAAAACGAGAGUUUAGAAGUCGACACUGAAUACGACUUACGUUUGGCGAAUAUUUUAAUAAAAAAUAAAUUCAUGUAAAA